GCAGGAGGAGGGAGGAACAAGUGCGACUCGGAGGGUUAGAUGACCCCAAAAGCAGAGCGGAGAGAGGGAGGACAAUGCCAGCGCUGACUGGCGAGGAGAGGUGAAUCACAGAUUUGCAGGCAGACCAGCCCACUGCUGUGCGUCAAGAGGAGACCCCCCGGAGGUGCGUCAAGCGGAGCUGAAGCGCGUCUGGAGAAGAUGUCACCAGAUGGUCCAUAGCUGGGGAAAAGUUGUGUCUUCUGGUUCAGGUCAAACAGGAAAACUCUCCAUCAGCAGCUGAACUCUCAUCCAACAAACAACUCGUCACAAAUCCCUGAUCUCCCCCUUUAAUCAACCGCCAGGCCACAACCAUGGCGUCCUACAGCCCCGCCCCCACGCAAGAGGCGACCAAUGGUGGCCCUCCAUCUGUGAAAUCCGACAAAGACUCAGAGGAAUCCAUGAAGCUGAAGAAGGAGAUCUCCCUGCUGAACGGGGUGUGUCUGAUCGUGGGGAACAUGAUCGGCUCAGGAAUCUUCGUCUCCCCCAAGGGCGUCCUGAUCCACAGCGCCUCCUACGGCCUGUCGCUGGUAGUGUGGACCGUCGGGGGGAUCUUCUCCGUGUUCGGGGCCCUGUGCUACGCCGAGCUGGGGACCACCAUCACCAAGUCUGGGGCCUCCUACGCCUACAUCCUGGAGGCCUUCGGGGGCUUCCUGGCCUUCAUCCGCCUGUGGACGUCGCUGCUGAUCAUAGAGCCGACCAGCCAGGCCGUCAUAGCCAUCACCUUCUCCAACUACAUGGUCCAGCCCAUCUUCCCCACCUGUAUAGCUCCUUACCUGGCCAACAGGCUGCUGGCUGCUGCGUGCAUAUGCCUGCUGACCUUUGUAAACUGUGCCUACGUGAAAUGGGGCACCAGGGUCCAGGACUUCUUCACCUACGCCAAGGUCAUCGCUCUCAUCGCCGUCAUCAUCACCGGCCUGGUGAAGAUUGGACAAGGUCACACUCAGAACUUCGACGGCUUGUUUGACGGCUCCUCCAGGGACCCCGGGGACAUCGCCUUGGCCCUGUACUCCGCUCUGUUCUCCUACUCCGGCUGGGACACCCUCAACUUUGUCACGGAGGAGAUCAAGAACCCGGAGAGGAACCUGCCGCUGGCCAUCGCUAUUUCCAUGCCCAUCGUGACUGUGAUCUACAUCCUGACCAACGUGGCCUACUACACCAUCCUGCCCAUCCCUGCAAUCUUGGACAGUGAUGCUGUGGCCGUGACAUUUGCUGAUCAGGUGUUUGGUGUGAUGAACUGGACGAUUCCUCUGGCUGUGGCUCUGUCCUGCUUCGGAGGACUCAACGCCUCCAUCCUGGCCUCCUCCAGGCUCUUCUUCGUGGGCUCCAGAGAAGGCCACCUGCCCGACUUCCUGUGCAUGAUCCACGUCUACCGCUACACCCCCGUCCCCGCUCUGCUCUUCAAUGGCGUCAUGGCGCUGAUCUACCUCUGUGUGGAAGACAUCUUCAAGCUGAUCAACUACUACAGCUUCAGCUACUGGUUCUUUGUGGGCCUGUCCAUCCUGGGGCAGCUGUAUCUGCGCUGGAAGCAGCCCGACAGAGAAAGACCGCUCAAGCUCAGUCUGUUCUUCCCCAUCAUCUUCUGCUUGCUCACCGUCUUCCUGGUGGUGGUGCCGCUCUACAGCGACACCAUCAACUCCCUGAUUGGCAUCGGCAUCGCCCUGUCAGGAGUGCCCGUCUACUUCCUCUGCUGCUACACUCCGGCCAGCAAGAGGCCCCUGUGGAUACAGAGUUUCAUUGCCAAAUCGGGCCUGCUCAUCCAGAAGGUGUGCUACUCUGUUCUGACUGAAAUGGACGACAAGGAAGAGUAGAGACAUUCGGUCCCGACAUCCUGCUGAAGCCUGAUGACGCACAAAACGGAGAGGCUCAACCUGAACUCAUCCCGACCGGCCGCUAAACACAAGGCCUCGAUGCACAGACUCUGGACUUGAGCUGUACUGGACAAAAAACAAAACAAAACCAAAAACAAUAAAGAACCGGAUGGACUCUGACUUGUCAAUCAUGAUUAAAUGUGUGACGGCGCCGGGAGUUUCGAUGGCCAAAAACGACAUUCCAGUUGCCUUUGACUUCAGAGAGAACAUUUCCUUCACUCCUGAGGACUCAACACACAUUUUCUGUCAUAAAACUGUGUAAAAUAUUGUUUAAAGACAUGCCAAGAGUGUGGAAUUACACAUAUGCUGGGAAAUAACUUUGUGAUUUAACUUGAAAGGGCGAAUUAUGACUGUGGUUAAAUUGCUCAAGUGGAGAGGAGAUCAUCUUUGAAACUGCAAGCACUGGUGACAAUGCAAAAUACCCUUGGUAUCAUUAUUAUUAUUAUUGUUAUUGUUAUUAUUGUUUGGCAGGAGGAAAAACUAGUAAUAGGAGAAUAUGUACCACAUUCCAUAUUUAUACAUCUAGAAUGUAAAUGUUCAUUAAUAUCUGUCCCGUUGCCUUUGUACUGUCGUAGCUGCAAGGUCUAGCAAAGUAAAGGGCUAUUUUUACACAAAUUAAUUUGAUUUCCCCUCAGUGCCUCUCUCGAACAUAGCCUCUUGACAUGUAAAGCAGUUUAUGACAGCUGAGUACAAAGACAGUAAAUAGUAAAAGGCUAUUAUGUAUUUAUAAUAAAAUGACUUGUGGACACCCAUGGCUA